AUGACAGAUGGUCGAGCCAGGGAACCACCUGUGGGGCGAGGCGCACCACCUGUGGAUAGGCGUCAGAGAAACGGCACCUCUAUAGAGGCCACACGUCACCAAGAGAGACCCACACGUCACUCAGAGACCCACACGUCACCAAGAGAGACCCACACGUCACUCAGAGACCCACACGUCACCAAGAGAGACCCACACGUCACUCAGAGACCCACACGUCACCAAGAGAGACCCACACGUCACUCAGAGACCCACACGUCACCAAGAGAGACCCACACGUCACCAAGAGAGACCCACACGUCACCAAGAGACCCACACGUCACCAAGAGAGACCCACACGUCACCAAGAGACCCACACGUCACCAAGAGAGACCCACACGUCACCAAGAGACCCACACGUCACCAAGAGACACCCACACGUCACCAAGAGAGACCCACACGUCACCAAGAGACACCCACACGCCACCAAGAGAGACCCACACGUCACCAAGAGACCCACACGUCACCAAGAGAGACCCACACGUCACCAAGAGACCCACACGUCACCAAGAGACACCCACACGCCACCAAGAGAGACCCACACGUCACCAAAAGACCCACACGUCACCAAGAGAGACCCACACGUCACCGAGACCCACACACGUCACCAAGAGGGACCCACGUCACCAAAAGAGACCCACACGUCACCAAGAGAGACCCACACGUCACCAAGAGAGACCCACACGUCACCCAGAGACCCACACGUCACCCAGAGACCCACACGUCACCCAGAGACCCACACGUCACCAAGAGACCCACACGUCACCAAGAGAGACCCACACGUCACCAAAAGAGACCCACACGUCACCCAGAGACCCACACGUCACCAAGAGAGACCCACACGUCACCAAAAGAGACCCACACGUCACCAAGAGAGACCCACACGUCACCAAGAGAGACCCACACGUCACCAAGAGAGACCCACACGUCACCAAGAGACCCACACGUCACCAAGAGACCCACACGUCACCAAGAGACCCACACGUCACCAAGAGAGACCCACACGUCACCAAGAGAGACCCACACGUCACCAAGAGAGACCCACACGUCACCAAGAGAGACCCACACGUCACCAAGAGAGACCCACACGUCACCAAGAGAGACCCACACGUCACCAAGAGAGACCCACACGUCACCAAGAGAGACCCACACGUCACCAAAAGAGACCCACACGUCACCAAAAGAGACCCACACGUCACCAAGAGAGACCCACACGUCACCGAGACCCCCACACGUCACCAAGAGAGACCCACACGUCACCAAGAGAGACCCACACGUCACCAAGAGAGACCCACAUGUCACCAAGAGAGACCCACACGUCACCAAAAGAGACCCACACGUCACCAAGAGAGACCCACACGUCACCAAGAGAGACCCACACGUCACCAAGAGAGACCCACACGUCACCAAGAGAGACCCACACGUCACCAAGAGAGACCCACACGUCACCAAAAGAGACCCACACGUCACCAAGAGAGACCCACACGUCACCAAGAGAGACCCACACGUCACCAAGAGAGACCCACACGUCACCAAGAGAGACCCACAUGUCACCAAGAGAGACCCACACGUCACCAAGAGAGACCCACACGUCACCAAGAGAGACCCACACGUCACCAAGAGACCCACACGUCACCAAGAGAGACCCACACGUCACCAAGAGAGACCCACACGUCACCAAGAGAGACCCACACGUCACCAAGAGAGACCCACACGUCACCAAGAGAGACCCACACGUCACCAAGAGAGACCCACACGUCACCAAAAGAGACCCACACGUCACCAAAAGAGACCCACACGUCACCAAGAGAGACCCACACGUCACCGAGACCCCCACACCUCACCACGAGAGACCCACACGUCACCAAGAGAGACCCACACGUCACCAAGAGAGACCCACAUGUCACCAAGAGAGACCCACACGUCACCAACAGAGACCCACACGUCACCAAGAGAGACCCACACGUCACCAAGAGAGACCCACACGUCACCAAGAGAGACCCACACGUCACCAAGAGAGACCCACACGUCACCAAGAGAGACCCACACGUCACCAAAAGAGACCCACACGUCACCAAGAGAGACCCACACGUCACCAAGAGAGACCCACACGUCACCAAGAGAGACCCACACGUCACCAAGAGAGACCUACAUGUCACCAAGAGAGACCCACACGUCACCAAGAGACCCACACGUCACCCAGAGACCCACACGUCACCAAAAGAGACCCACACGUCACCAAGAGAGACCCACACGUCACCAAGAGAGACCCACACGUCACCAAGAGAGACCCACACGUCACCAAAAGAGACCCACACGUCACCAAGAGAGACCCACACGUCACCAAGAGAGACCCACACGUCACCAAGAGAGACCCACACGUCACCAAAAGAGACCCACACGUCACCAAGAGAGACCCACACGUCACCAAUAAACAUCUCUACUCAUUUCAAUAAAAAAAUGACCAUUGUUCUUCUAACUUUGAUGUAUUUAAUUGACAAGUAUUUUUGCCAUGUUUAA